CCAAACUUCACGCACAUAAUCAAAAACAUCUAUUCCAAGCAAGUAUUAGUAACCAUAAACCCAACAUGAAGACCUUCCUCAUCUUCGUCCUCCUUGCCAUGGCGAUGAGCAUCGUCACUGCUGCUAGGCAGCUAAACCCUAGCGAGCAAGAGUUGCAAUCACCACAACAAUUAUAUCCGCAGCAACCAAAUCCACAGCAACCAUAUCCACCACAACAACCAUUUCCCACACCCCAACAAUAUUUCCCCCAUCAAUCACAACAACCAUUUUCCCCACCACAACAACCAUUUCCCCAACCCCAACAAGCAACCCCCCUACAACCACAACAACCAUUCCCCCAGCAACCCCAACAACCACAACAAGCUUUUCCCCAACCCCAACAACAAUUUGCCUUGCAACCACAACAACAAUUUCCCCAGCUCCAACAACCACAACAAUCAUUCCCACAACAACCCCAGAGACCACAGCCAUUCCCCCAACAACCAGAACAAAUAAUUUCACAGCAACCACAACAACCAUUCCUCCUGCAACCGCAACAACCAUUCCCCCAGCAACCAGAACAAAUAUUAUCCCAGCAACCCCAACAACUAUUUUCCCAGUCACAACAACCAUUUCCCCAGCAACCCCAACAACCAUUUCCCCUGCAACCGCAACAAUCAUUUCCCCAACAACCAGCACAAAUAAUUGCUCAGCAACCUCAACAACCAUCCCCUCUGCAACCAUAACAACCGUUCCUCCGGCAACCACAACAAUCGUUCCUCCAGCAACCACAACAACCAUUUCCCCAACCCCAACAAGUAGUACAAAUAAUUCCCCAGCAAC